CGACUUACACACCUUGCCUGUUCAACAAAUGAAGCUAGUCUGGCUAAUGUUAUUGGGUGUUGUUGCCGGGCAACAUUGUGAUAAGAUAUGUCCCAUCAAAGAUAACUUUGGAUGUGUCAGCAAGGACAACCAAUGCUUUUACACCAUUCGCAAUCCAUGUAUUUUGAAGGCCAUUAACUGCUAUCGGAAGUCGAAAAGCUUAUCUGACCUGAAGCCCAUUUCUCGCAGCAAGUGCUCUGCAACGCAAGUUCCAGUUUGCGACAAUAUCAACACAUGAUGUUUUAGACAUUAAUUUAUAAAUAUAUUAACAGAAACUAUAAAAAUUAU